UCAUACUUCGCUUUCCCAGGUCUAUGACCAGUUAACAACCCUGCUUAAUGUCCCAUUCGCCAUGAUCCUCCUCCGUUCCUCUUUUAGGAGGCUAGGAUCGGCCCGGGAUCCUUCACUUGUCUGUUCGCAAUGUCUCAUACGCCAUAGUCGUCCACUUCCGCCCUCCGCACUCCGCAGUUUCCUCUCGUCCGCGCGAUUGCAGUCAAGCGUUGCAAAUAAUCAAUCCCCUUCCUCCGUUCUCCAGAAGACUUAUUUCUCUGCCAAUCGAGGGAUUGAUGGUACCUUGAACAAAGAUGGCGCUCUCCCCUCGUUAUCCCCCGCCGGUUCCGCUCGAGCGAAUUCGACCAAUGCGUCAACAAACGACGUCGAGGCGGGGUCGGCCUCCACGGGAUCAAUUCAAUCGGAAUUGCCUCAUCGUAGGAGGAAACGUUUGAAGGAAGAGGCCUCUGGAAACGGUGAAACAGAACAUGCUAUCCCGUUAGAUGCCUCCGCGCAGUUAUCGCACCUUUCAUCGACACUUCCCAAAACUUCUAUCCGCCGCAAAUUAGCCGCCUACUUUGCUCUUACUAAACCUCGUCUUUCAUUUUUGAUCGUCCUUUCUACGACAUCUGCCUAUGGAAUGUAUCCUAUCUCAUCUCUCCUUGCGCUCGACCCAUCGAUGACGCCGCUUCCUACCUUAUCAACCUCAACACUUACCUUCCUUUACCUCACAGCGGGGACAUUCCUUUCAUGUUGUAGCGCCAACACGUUGAACAUGAUGUUCGAGCCCAAGUAUGAUGCACUUAUGUCGCGAACACGAAAUCGGCCCAUUGUCCGUGGUCUAGUUUCCAACCGUGCUGCCUUUGUGUUCGCCGUAGCAACCGCCGCCUCGGGUCUUGCUCUGCUCUACUUCGGCACCAACCCCACUGUGACUGCUCUCUCGGCCAGUAAUAUCGCUUUAUAUGCUUUUGUAUAUACACCACUAAAGCGUAUACACGUAAUUAAUACCUGGGUUGGUGCAGUCGUGGGACUUAUCCCUCCCUUGAUGGGCUGGGUCGCAGCGGCAGGCCAGACCGCGACCACGGGCCACGAUACGUGGCGCGACAUGCUCUUCAGCAAAGAUAGCAUUGGCGGAUGGUUGCUUGGAGGUGUUCUCUUCGCAUGGCAAUUUCCCCAUUUCAAUGCCCUAUCUCACCUUAUUCGGGAUGAAUACAAGAGAGCCGGAUACAAGAUGCUUUGCUGGGUCAACCCAGCUCACAAUGCCCGCGUCGCAUUGCGUUAUUCCAUUAUCAUGUUCCCCCUCUCCAUCGGCCUUUGGUGGGUGGGUGUCGUUAACCCAGCCUUCUUGGUCAGUAGCACUGUUGCAAAUGGUUGGCUGGUGAAAGAGGCAUACCGUUUCUGGAAACACACGGGCGCUAAUGGCACAGCCCGGGGUUUGUUCUGGGCUAGUAUCUGGCAACUUCCGAUCCUCCUGGUUGGCGGCCUGGUGACAAAAAAAGGUUUGUGGGAUGGUGUUUGGAGGAACAUUUUCGGCCAGCCCGAGGAAGACGAGGAUGACUAUAUUUACUACGACGAAGUCGAAGAUGGAGAGACGACAAAACAGAUCGCGUCCCAGUCCGAAUCCGUGGCUGGUUCCCAUUCUGCCAGUACGGCAUAGUUACUCAAGUGAUAUCUUUCAAUGUAGCUUUGCCUUGGUUUCCUGUGUAUUAGAUUGAUUCCCUUUUGGUACGGUGAUGGCGUUUUGUAUAACAGACAUGAUUGUCCUCUUUGACAUCUCCGAACUAUAGGUAUAUAGAGCUAUGAACCCCGUCCUGUGCCUUGCAUUAUUUCAUCAAUAUUCAUUAGCCAGAAGGCCCCAAAAUUCCGCUACACUAGCAUUUCAGAAACUUGAGAAGAGAUCGGGUAUCAUAU